AUUGACCUUUUGCACCUUUUCGUUCUUUCCAGAUGACGUUCAGGGAAAAAUGACACACUUACUAGGAGGAAGUCAGCCUUGACGAAAAGCCCACAGACGUAGCCUCAAACCCCGCCCCUCUGUGCAACAGGAAGUGACCCGCGGCCCCCCAGGCCCCGCCCAUCACCAUGGUGCCGCUGGCACAACUCCUCCCCCUGGCGGCCAUCGCCUCGGCCAUUCGCGCAUGCACCAAAAUGGCGCUGGUAUCGCUUCCGGUGCUGCUCGUGCUCCAAAUCGUCGACCUCAUCUCCUUUGCAGACGCUGCUGCGUCGGGUUACGGCGACCUCAACGACACGCUGUCGGACCCUGAUAACAAAACGUGCAACCGCUCCGCCAGCGCCUGCAAGGAAGGCCUUUUCUUGCCCAUGUGGAAACCACAGGGAAAUCUCAGUAACGGCGACAAGGCCGCGCGAGCCACUGUGUACAUGGCGUCCAUGUUCUACAUGUUCCUGGGCGUGUCCAUCGUAGCUGACAGGUUCAUGGCCUCGAUUGAGGUCAUCACGUCCAAAGAAAAAGAAGUGGUCGUGAAAAAGCCGGACGGAGUGACCACUGUGGUCAACGUGCGGAUCUGGAACGAGACGGUCUCCAACUUGACCCUCAUGGCUCUGGGUUCCUCUGCGCCGGAGAUCCUCCUGUCCAUCAUCGAGAUCUGGGGCAAUGACUUCGAGGCCGGCGAUCUGGGCCCCAGCACCAUCGUAGGCAGCGCCGCCUUCAACCUGUUCAUCAUCAUCGCCAUCUGCGUCUACUGCGUCCCGAGCGACGAGGUGAGGCGCAUCAAACAUCUGCGCGUGUUCUUCAUCACCGCCACGUGGAGCGUGUUCGCCUACCUCUGGCUCUACUUCAUCAUCGCGCUCAGCUCGAGGGGCGUGGUCAAGAUCUGGGAGGCGGUGCUAACGUUCCUCUUCUUCCCCGGGACGGUGGUCACGGCGUACAUAGCGGACCGGAAGAUCCUGGUCUACAAGUUCCUGUCCAAGAAGUACCACGCCAGCAAGCGGAAGGGCGUGGUCAUCCAAUCCGAGGGCCUCCACGAGACGGAGAUGGCGGACGGCAAGGCCACUCAGCUCACGGAGGAGGUCGUCUAUAAAGGCGUGGACUCCACAAACGUCGACGUGAGGGAGUUUGAGCAGCAUCGACGCGACUUUAUCGAAAUCUUACGUGAGUUGAGGAAGAAGAACCCCAACAUGGACAUGAAGACUCUGGAAGAGAUGGCCGAGUACGAGGCCGUGAACCGCGGGCCCAAAUCCCGCGCUUUUUACCGGAUCCAGGCGACCAGGAAGCUGACUGGCGGCGGGAAGGUCAUCAAGAAGGCGAAGAUCGAGCGCCGCGCGAGUCUCCAGGACGUGAAGCUGGACGAGGAGGAAGAGAGUCCCAUCACGCAAGUGUUCUUCGACCCGGGUCACUACACGGUGAUGGAGAACGUGGGCACGUUCAGCGUGACUGUGACGAGAGAGGGCGGCGACAUGAGCAAGACCUGCUACGUGGACUACAGCACAGAGGACGGCACCGCCAACGCGGGCUCCGACUACAUCGGCACCCAGGGCACGCUCGUGUUCCAGCCCCACGAGAGACACAAGCAGUUCGAGGUGACCAUCCUGGACGAUGACGUAUUCGAGGAGGACGAACAUUUCUACGCUCAGCUGACCAACGCGCGGCUCGGGGACGCUUCGGGAAUGUUCGAGCCAGGCGACGACAACGUGCAGCUGGUCACCCCCUUCAUGGCCACGGUGAUGAUUCUGGACGAUGACCACCCCGGAAUUUUCCACUUCGAAGACCGCGAGAUGACCAUUACCGAGAAUAUCGGGGAGGUUCUGAUCAAGGUGUGCCGAGCCUCGGGCGCCCGUGGGUGUGUGAGGGUUCCCUACCACGCGGUGGACGGCACAGCCAAGGCGGGCAAGGAUUACGAUGUUGUCAGUGGCGAGAUCUUCUUCGAGAACGACGAGGCUGAACAGUUCAUCAAGAUCCGUAUCGUGGACGACGAGGAGUACGAGAAGACGGAGACGUUCUCCCUGGUGUUGGAUGAACCCACUCUCGUCAAGAAAGGAUCAGAUUCGGAUUCCUGUACCGGUUCUCGCGACGGGUCCACAGAGGGCUCGAGAACCGGUUCCCGGCGCGGUUCCUUAGAUCCAGAUAAGUAUCUGCAACUACUGUCGCCGCUGUGUCGGUGACGCUGAGUGUGUGUCGGCCUGCAUGUCGCCGGCGGUGUCGUAGUGUCGCCAGCUUCAGGGCUGUGUAGUUGUCUCGGCAGCUAGAGAAGCUUGUUGUAGUAAAACUGUCACUGCCGAUCGCUCGCCUCCUUCUCCUCCUUCUCCUC